AUGCUGGAGAGGGUGUGGAGAAAAGGGAACCCUCUUACACUGUUGGUGGGAAUGCAAAUUAGUACAGCCACUAUGGAAAACAGUGCUGGCAAAGCACACAGGCUGAGUGCGGAGGAAAGGGACCAGCUGCUGCCAAACCUGCGGGCCGUGGGGUGGAACGAGCUGGAAGGCCGGGAUGCCAUCUUCAAGCAGUUCCAUUUCAAAGACUUUAAUCGGGCUUUUGGCUUCAUGACAAGAGUGGCCCUGCAGGCUGAGAAAUUGGACCACCAUCCCGAAUGGUUUAACGUGUAUAACAAGGUCCACAUCACCCUGAGCACUCACGAGUGUGCGGGCCUUUCAGAACGGGACAUAAACCUGGCCAGCUUCAUCGAGCAAGUAGCAGUGUCCAUGACAUAG